AUGGGGCAGGAAGUUCACAACACGCUUCCCAACCAUAGGCAUCCAGCCCAUUGGAGGGACCUACAGAAAUCCCCCGACAGGGCAGCCACAGUUCCAUCAGUAUUAUCCACCGCAGCAUAUCGUUCCCCUCCCCAUACAAGAACUAGGGGCUCCGGUGUAUCAAAAUGCCCUAGAAUUGCAGAUGGUAGGGGAAGCGUUGAAAACUCACCAUUCGUCGCAUGGAUACAGAACUAUCCCUUCCCGAAGGAUUUAAAAUACCCCUCUCAUCUUGGAACAUACAAAGGGAAAAGCGACCCGGAUGACUUCAUUGAAGCAUUCGAAGGCGUGGCCGAGAUGAAGGUCUGGAAUGUACUGGUUGCGUGUCGAAUGUUCAGGUAUGCACUCGAAGGGGAUGCCCGAGAAUGGCUAAAAAACGUGGCGAAAGGGUCCAUCACUAGCUUCGAAGACCUUAAGGAAAAAUUUAGAGCCCGCUUUAGCCAACAGAAGAAACAUAAGAAACUACACGUGGCCGCCCAUGGGGUAAAGCAGAAGGAAACAAAGGCUUGUAGGGUGUUCCUUGACAGGUUCACCACCGAAACAGAAGAUAUCGUAGACCUUUCCGAGUCACAAAGGAUAUCGGCGUUAUUGCAUGGACUCCGAAGCAGGGGACUCGUUGAAUUUCUGUAUAGUGACCUCCCGAAAACUUACGAAGCUGUCCAGAGAAGAGCGCACGUAUAUGCAAGGGACACCGCGCCAAAAGGAGACAUUAGCCCGACUCGGGACAAAGAGACUCAGGCGAAUAUAAAAGGGAAAUGGAAUGACGACAGAGAAAGGCCAAGGUACAGCCCGUAUAAUAAGGACGAAAAAGGAUACCUAAAGGUCAACCUCCCCGAACUCCACAAGAGCCCGAAGGAGAUAUUCCUCACUAAAAGUGUCGCAAAGACCUUCCCAACACCUCCCAGACUGAGCGGUAAAAAUAGGAAGGAUCCUGAAAAAUAUUGUGAGUUUCACAGGGAUUACGGCCACGACACGAAUACAUGUUGGCAACUGAGAAAAGCAAUUGAAGAAGCAAUCAACGAGGGAAAACUGUCACACUUGGUGAAAAGCGUCAGACAACGGCAAUAUCCUAAAAAGGAGGAUGACACAGAUGACAAAAAGAAAGUCCCCGACAAAACCAUCUACACCAUCGUGAAGAAAAAGAUUGGAAAUUCGUCCCAAAGAACCUACAGGGGGAAUGUACCCAGCAUCACCUUCCCACCCAUCUAUAACGGCAGAAUCUUCAGAGACCCCCUAAUCAUUUCGGCAUUCCUAGAAGUUUCAAAGGUAAAAGAAAUAGUAGUAGAUACCGGGAGUGAGUGUAAUGUCUUGUACGAAGAAGUAUUCUGGAAGCUGCACCCUUUGUCACGGAUGAACUUCAGAAAGGCAAGGGCUUCGGUUCAAGGGUACUCUGGCAACACAGACAAACUGUUGGGAAAACUAAGUGUGCAAAUAACAAUCGGAAAGGGACAUUGGAAACGAAAAGAGAAGAUCACAUUCAUGGUAGUUAGUGGAACUUCCCCUUUUCAAGCAAUUUUGGGCAGGCCCGGAAUUCAAAAGUUCGGAAUGAUUCCAUCCGUAAUGCACGGCCUGAUCAUGUACGAAACAAAUGGGAGAAUAGCAACCUUAGAAGGGAAGGCCAAAAAGCUUUCUAAUGAAGGCCGAGACGGCUGUGGCAAAAUAACUAUGAAUGACAGGCCAUAUUAUGGAUAA